GUUUAGAUAUCGGCUGUCAUUCUCGCAAUUGCAUUCAACCGGUCGUGUUCAACAGCCCUGUAAGCCCCCGAUGUGCUUUUAGUGUUGUCUUUGUGCAGUGUUUAGGCCAUGGCGGACGCCGACAGCAAGGACCGCUACGAUCCCGAACUGAAGUAUCUCUGUGUGGACCGGAACAACUACAACGACCCGGCCACCCAGGCCGAAUGGACCCAGAAGCGGCUUGUAUGGGUGCCGCACGAGUCGCAGGGCUUCGUCGCCGCCAGCAUCAAGGGCGAGCGUGGCGACGAAGUCGAAGUGGAACUCCAGGAGACGGGAAAACGCACCACCGUCGCCAGAGACGACAUCCAGAAGAUGAACCCGCCCAAGUUCGACAAGGUCGAGGACAUGGCGGAACUCACCUGCCUCAACGAAGCCUGUGUCUUGCACAAUUUGAAAGAUAGAUACUAUUCGGGAUUAAUUUAUACAUACUCCGGCCUCUUUUGCGUCGUUGUUAAUCCCUACAAAAAACUCCCUAUUUACACAGAAAAAAUCAUGGAACGCUAUAAGGGCAUUAAACGACACGAAGUGCCUCCACACGUCUUUGCCAUAACCGAUACUGCCUAUCGUUCGAUGUUACAAGAGCGAGAAGACCAAUCUAUACUUUGCACUGGUGAAUCAGGUGCUGGUAAAACAGAAAAUACGAAAAAAGUCAUUCAGUAUUUGGCCUACGUUGCCGCUUCGAAAUCACCAAAAGGUUCAGGAGCGCAGAAAGACCUUAUUAGUCCCACGAGAGAAUUCUCGGGCGGUCUAGAGCAGCAACUGUUACAAGCCAAUCCGAUUCUUGAAGCUUUUGGUAACGCCAAAACAAUCAAAAACGACAAUUCUUCCAGAUUCGGAAAAUUCAUUCGGAUAAAUUUUGAUGCUUCUGGAUACAUCGCUGGAGCCAACAUCGAAACUUAUCUUCUUGAAAAAUCACGUGCCAUAAGACAAGCCAAGCAAGAAAGAACCUUCCACAUCUUCUACCAAUUGUUGGCUGGAGCUUCCACCGAACAGAAAAAGGAAUUCAUUCUCGAGGAUCCCAAAUCGUAUCCGUUCCUUCGUGAGGAUAAUCAUAUAGUACCCGGCGUGGACGAUGCUGCCGAAUUUCAGGCAACCGUCAAAAGUAUGAACAUAAUGGGAAUGACGAACGAAGAUUUCAGUGCCAUUUUCCGCGUCGUUUCGGCCGUAAUGCUCUUUGGAACGAUGCAAUUCAAACAGGACCGGAAUUCAGAUCAAGCGACAUUACCGGAUAACACAGUGGCGCAAAAAAUCGCUCAUUUGUUGGGAUUAUCGGUUACGGAUAUGACGAAGGCUUUCCUCAAGCCGAGGAUUAAGGUCGGAAGAGAUUUUGUUACGAAGAGUCAGACGAAAGAACAGGUUGAAUUCGCCGUUGAAGCCAUCUCCAAAGCCUGCUACGAACGCAUGUUCCGCUGGUUGGUCACCCGUAUUAACCGUUCCUUGGGUCGCACUAAACGUCAAGGCGCCAGUUUUAUUGGCAUUCUCGACAUUGCCGGUUUCGAAAUCUUCGAACUCAACUCUUUCGAACAACUAUGUAUCAACUACACCAACGAAAAACUCCAGCAACUCUUCAACCACACAAUGUUCAUUCUUGAACAAGAAGAAUACCAACGUGAAGGUAUUGAAUGGAAAUUCAUCGAUUUUGGACUUGACCUUCAACCCACCAUCGACCUCAUCGACAAACCAAUGGGAAUCAUGGCACUUUUAGAUGAAGAAUGUCUCUUCCCGAAAGCCACCGAUAAAACGUUUGUCGAUAAGCUCGUCAGUGCGCAUUCUGUGCAUCCCAAAUUCAAAAAGAGCGAUUUUCGAGGCGUUGCCGACUUUUCGAUUAUUCAUUAUGCCGGUAAAGUAGAUUACUGUGCGAAUCAAUGGUUGAUGAAAAAUAUGGAUCCUCAAAAUGAGAAUGUGGUGUCAUUGUUGCAAGCAUCGCAAGAUCCCUUCGUCAUUCAUAUUUGGAAAGAUGCCGAGAGUAUCGGACGUGCUAAAGGCAUGUUUAGGACUGUUUCGUAUUUGUAUAAAGAACAAUUGGCUAACCUGAUGGUGACUUUGCGAAAUACCAAUCCAAAUUUCGUACGUUGUAUUAUCCCCAAUCAUGAAAAGAGGGCGGGAAAAAUCGACGCACCUUUGGUUUUGGAUCAAUUAAGAUGUAAUGGUGUCCUUGAAGGUAUCCGAAUUUGUCGACAAGGUUUCCCUAAUAGAAUACCAUUCCAAGAGUUUAGACAAAGAUACGAACUAUUGACACCCAAUGUCAUUAAUAAGGGUUUCAUGGAUGGCAAAAAGGCAUGCGAAACCAUGAUCAAAAGUCUGGAAUUAGAUCAGAAUUUAUACAGAAUCGGUCAAUCGAAGAUUUUCUUCCGAGCCGGUGUUUUGGCACAUUUGGAAGAAGAACGCGAUUACAAAAUCACUGAUUUGAUCGUGAAUUUCCAAGCUUUCUGUCGAGGUUUCUUGUCGAGAAGAAAUUACCAAAAGAGAGUCCAACAAUUGAAUGCCAUCCGAAUCAUCCAAAGAAAUUGUUCGGCUUACCUCAAAUUACGUAAUUGGCAGUGGUGGAGACUUUACACUAAAGUCAAACCGUUGUUAGAAGUGACCAAACAGGAAGAAAAAUUGAUGCAAAAAGAAGACGAGUUGAAACAAGUCAAAGAUAAAUUAGAGCAUCACAUAAAAUCGGCAAAAGAAUUUGAAACCAAGUACCAACAAGCUCAAGAAGAGAAAGUCAUGCUACAAGAACAAUUACAAGCCGAAGUGGAGUUGUGUGCCGAAGCUGAAGAAAUGAGAGCGAGAUUGACUGCUCGGAAGCAAGAGCUUGAAGAAAUUCUUCACGAUUUGGAAGCUAGAAUCGAAGAAGAGGAAGAACGGGCAAAUACACUUAAUAAUGAUAAGAAGAAACUUCAAUUGACGAUUCAAGAUUUGGAAGAACAGUUGGAAGAAGAAGAAGGUGCCAGACAAAAAUUACAAUUGGAGAAAGUACAAUGCGAUGCCAAGAUUAAGAAACUGGAAGAAGAUUUGGCUUUGAGUGAAGAUACAAAUCAGAAGUUGCUCAAAGAGAAGAAAGUUUUGGAAGAGCGUAGUAAUGACUUGAGUCAGGCUUUGGCGGAAGAAGAAGAAAAAGCCAAACAUUUAGCCAAAUUAAAGGCCAAACACGAGGGUACCAUAGCCGAAUUGGAAGAGCGUCUCCUUAAAGAUCACCAACAGAGACAAGAAUCGGAUCGUACGAAACGUAAAGUCGAAACAGAAGUGAACGAUUUGAAAGAGCAACUUUCCGAGAAGAAAUCACAAUUGGAAGAACUUCAAUUACAAUUGGGUAAAAGAGAAGAGGAGUUGGCUCAAGCUAUGGUCCGUGUUGAUGAAGAAGGUGCUCUCAAAGCACAGGCACAGAAAGCACUCCGUGAAUUGGAAAGUCAACUUAGUGAAUUACAGGAGGAUUUAGAAGCGGAAAAAGCCGCAAGAAGUAAAGCCGAAAAGUUGAAACGUGAUCUAAACGAAGAAUUGGAAGCUUUGAAAAACGAAUUAUUAGACUCAUUGGAUACCACAGCUGCCCAACAAGAAUUACGUUCGAAACGUGAACAAGAACUCGCCAACUUAAAGAAGAAUUUGGAAGAGGAAAAUCAAGUCCAUGAAGCGACUUUGGCAGAUAUGCGACAUAAGCAUACGCAAGAAUUGGCCUCUUUGAACGAACAAUUGGAGAAUAUCAAGAAACAGAAGGCCAGUAUCGAAAAAGCGAAACAAUCGCUUGAAGCGGAAAACGCCGACUUGACGAGUGAGUUGAGAAACGUCGGUGCUAGUAGACAAGAAGGUGAACGUAGAAGAAAACAAGCCGAAAGUCAAUUGGUUGAAAUCCAAGGAAAAUUGGGUGAAAUCGAGAGAGCUCGAACUGAACUCGCCGAAAAGAAUCAGAAAUUACAACAGGAGAUGGAUAAUAUCGUUCAGCAGUUAGAAGAAGCCGAAUUGAAAGCUUCUGCUGCUUUAAAGAAUCAAGGAACUAUAGAAUCACAAUUUGCCGAAGCACAGAGCGCGUUAGAAGAAGAAACUCGUCAGAAAUUGGCCUUGAGUUCGAAAUUGAGACAAUUGGAAUCUGAAAAGGAAAAUCUACAAGAACAGAUCGAGGAAGAAGAAGAAGCCAAAAAGAAUCUUGAGAAACAAUUGAACGCGGUUACCAUACAGUUAGCUGAAGCGAAGAAGAAAGCCGAGGAUGAAGCUGAGCAAUCUGCUAUUUUGGAAGAAAGUAAAAAGAAACUAGCUAAAGAUUUGGAAUUGUUGCAACGUCAAGUUGAGGAAUUAACAGCGGCCAAUGAUAAGUUGGAGAGAAGCAAAAAGAAAGUAGCUGCCGAGUUGGAAGAUACCAAUAUUGAUUUGGAGGCUCAAAGACAGAAAGUUGCCGAAUUAGAGAAGAAACAGAAGAAUUUCGAUAAAGUUUUAGCCGAAGAAAAGCAAGUCAGUGAGCAGUUAAUGGCGGAAAAGGACGCGGCAGAGAGAGAAGCCCGCGAGAAAGAAACUCGAGUGUUGUCAUUAAGUCGUGAAUUGGACGAAUCUAAUGUUAAAGUUGAAGAAUUGGAAAGAAUUAAGAGACAACUUCAAGCCGAACUUGACGAAUUGGUCAACAAUCAAGGCACCGCUGAUAAAAACGUGCACGAAUUAGAAAAAGCCAAACGUUCCCUCGAAACACAAUUGGCUGAAUUGAAAGCCCAAAAUGAAGAAUUAGAAGAUGAGCUUCAACUUACUGAAGAUGCAAAAUUGCGACUAGAAGUCAACAUGCAAGCAUUACGAGCUCAAUUCGAACGCGAUGUCCAAGCUAAGGAAGAACAAGCCGAAGAGAAACGUCGUGGUAUUGUCAAACAAUUGCGUGAUCUUGAAGCCGAAUUAGAUGAAGAAAGAAAGCAAAGAGCAGCUGCUGUAACCGCUCGGAAGAAACUAGAAGGUGAUUUGAAAGAACUCGAAGCUCAAAUCGAGAUGCAAUGCAAGAUGAAAGAAGAUGCUUUGAAACAAUUGAAAAAGUCACAACAACAGUGUAAGGAGGCGGUGCGAGACGCCGAAGAAGCACGAGCGUCACGUGACGAACUUGCUGCCGCUUGUAAAGAAGCCGAACGUAAAGUGAAAACUCUCGAAGCUGAGGUUCUUCAAUUGAGUGAAGAUCAUGCCGGAUCUGAGCGAGCUCGUCGUGCUGCCGAAGCAGAACGUGAUGAACUUCUUGAAGAAGUCAAUAAUACUAACAGCAAGGGGGCGUUGUUGAUUGAUGAGAAACGACGUCUUGAGGCCAGGAUUGCCACUCUUGAAGAGGAAAUCGAGGAAGAGCAAAGUAACAACGAAUUGUUGCAGGAUAGAGCGAGGAAAGCGCAAUUGACGAUUGAGCAGUUGACGUCCGAGUUGGCCACGGAGAGAUCUCUUGCUCAGAAACAAGAGUCGAGCAAAUUGCUUUUGGAGAGACAGAAUAAGGAGUUGAAGGCGAAGUUGAGCGAAUUGGAGACGGCGCAAAGGACCAAGACGAAAGCUACGAUUGCAGCGUUGGAGAGUAAGAUUGGAAAUUUGGAGGAGCAGUUGGAAGUCGAGGCAAAGGAGAGAUUGGCACAACAAAAGACGAAUAGGAAGUUGGAUAAGAAGUUGAAGGAAUUAGUAAUGCAGUUGGAGGACGAACGUCGACAUGCCGAUCAGUACAAGGAGCAAGUGGAUAAGGCGAAUGCGAGAGUGAAGACGUUGAAGAGACAAUUGGACGAGGCUGAAGAGGAAAUUACAAGAGAGAAGGCACAGAAGAGGAAAGUGCAAAGGGAUUAUGAGGAUAUGUUGGAGAGUAACGAGUCGAUGACGAGGGAGCUUAAUAGUCUUAAGACUAAAUUGAGGCGCGGCACUGGUGCCAGUAGCGGCAUGGGUCUGCCCAGACUCAGCGGUCGAGGUUCCAUCCAAUCCGGGGGCAACGGCUCCGGUGACGAUUCCACAACCCAAGAUGACGCCGUCGAUGGCGAAGAUGCCCCCAAUUAAGUCGCAUUUUACGCAUUUUGUUGUAAAUAUAAUUGUAUAUCCCUUAUUAGUACUUAGCAUUUUUUAAUAUGCGCAAUUUGUGGAUUAUUUGUAAAAAUCGAACAGUGAGUUCGGCUUAAUCAGUAUCAGUAAUCAAGUUCAUUAUUUUUUUUUAUUUAUAGUUUUUUUUAUAAUUUUAAAUAUCGUGCUUUAUAGUGAUUAAUUUGUACUUUUAACAGUUGAUUGCAUUUAUUUAUAUGAAAGUUUAUUAUUUGCUUAAUUUCUUUCUAGGGUUUCAUCGUACUUUAUAUUUUAUAAAUCUAGGAAUUAGUUGGAAGUAUCAGCAUUUAAAUAACACUUAUGUAUCUAAUAAUAAUAAUAAUCAAUAAUCGCUAACGACAAAUGACAUUUUUUAUACAACAUUUAUAGGAUUAUAUAUUUUGUAAAAAAGCAUCCCACUAGCAUCGAGGAAAUUUUGAUAUUUGACGUUUUUGUAUAAAAAAUUUCAGGUUUUUGUAUGUAUAUAUCCUUAAUGUAAAAAAUAUAUACAUAUUUUUGGGUUUCGGGCUGAUUUAUUUGUACUUUAACGAGUUCAAUAAAAUCAUAAAAAGGU